AUGUAUCUCGCGAGACAACCACACAGCAACGGGCUCAGCGAAUCGCGAUCCGCGGUAGACGACAACGUUAUCGUUGUUGGGAACAAGCGAUCUGAGACAACCAGAAGCCAGCAGCCUCAGUCGCAGUCGCAGUCGCAGUUGCAACCAGAGCAACAGUCGCAAUCGCAACUGCAGUUACAAUUGCAGUCACAGUCGCAGUCGCAACCACAACCACAGCAAUCGCAAUUACAGUUACAAUUGCAGCCACAGUCGCAAUCACAGUUACAACCACAAGUGCAGCCGCUACCGCCGUUGACGACAACAAUAACGUCGUCGACGAACACACGAGAUCGAGAGACGGAUCCGAUGCGACAGCAUCCAAGCGCGUGGAGAUUGCGGGAUGACAAUGACGAUAACGAUGGUGACAACGAUGACGAUAACGAUGAUGACGACGACGACGAGAACGAAGAAGAGCAAGUGGACAACGUGAUCUAUUCCUGUCCACUUUCGUACGCGGUUUUUAUCGGAUGA